AUGCCAGCAAAUACCAGAAUAUCAACAUUGUCAACCAUAUUCAACAUCUUUGUCCUACUUCUGAAAAUCACAAUCCUAUUCCUCAAGUCUUUAGUAGGACUCAGUACAUAUGAUCGUCGCGAGAAGGCCCCUGUUUGCAAGGACAAGACCGAGCUUUAUGAGCAGGUAAUCGCGGCAAGAGACUUUAGUGAAAUUGUAUCAGCAUCGGGCUACAGAGCUAGAGAGCAUGUGGUGACGACAAGAGACGGUUACUUGCUUGUUGUUCACAAGUUGGAAAAGAAAAAUUGCUUUACAUUAACAACGAGACCAAAAGCAGUAGUAUAUCUACAUCAUGGCCUUUUAACCAAUUCGGAGCUCUGGGUACUUGGGUCAACAAAACAGAAAACACUACCGUACUUACUUGUUGAUGCAGGGUACGAUGUGUAUCUAGGGAACAACAGAGGCAACAAAUAUUCGAGGAAGCACUUGAAUCUAUCAGCUUCUGACCCACUGUUCUGGGAUUUUUCGUUGGAUGAGUUUUCGUACUUUGACAUCCCAGAUACAAUUGAGUAUAUUCGAAAGUUGUAUGAGUACAAGGAACGUGCAGGGAUAACUGGACCGAGUUCUAACAACGCGGUGUCUGGUGACGGGUCACUCAAGCCACCUUCCUUUCUGAGCUCGUCUACCACAUUGUCGAGCUACGAAACCCAAGACCCCAUUGACAUAGUUUACGUUGGGUUCUCACAAGGCUGCUCCCAGCUUAUAGCAAGUUUAAGUCUUUAUCCAGAGCUCAACUCUAAAAUCAAGUUAUUCAUUGGCUUGUCCCCUGCAAUCAUUCCACUGAACUUGAACCAUCCCGUUUUUAAACUAAUAGUCAAUCAGACAGCGGCAGAUAACAGGUUCUUGUACAGCAUAUUUGGUCGUCGUGCCAUAAUGCCUAGUGUAUCAUUUUGGUCUACGAUAUUUGGUGCGAAAUUGUACGAAAGAGUUGUGGACAAGUCGCUUUCCUUGUUGUUUGGAUGGACUGGGGAAAACAUCAGCCAAGAUCAGAAGCGGAUGGGAUAUCCCCACAUGUUUUCCAACUCUCUGGUCAAGUCCUUAGUCCACUGGUUUCAAAUAAUAAAAGCCGAAAGAUUUCAGAUGUUUGAUGAGACUUGCUCGUGUGGACUAACUAAAUUGAGUUCGUUGUCGGGUAAAUCGAAGGAAAAGGGAAACAGAGUGACUCCAUUUCCUAUAGCCGACCACUUGAAUGUUCCCAUGUACAUGUUUUACGGUGACGCGGAUAUAUUGGUUGAUAUCGAAAAGACCAGGACUUUAAUUGUUGAUGGUAAUCCCUUAAUGCGAGAUAAAUUGAAGGUUGAGUUGUGUAGAAGCUAUGAGCACAUGGACACGUUAUGGGGGAGUUGUGUUUACGAAGAUGUUUUCGAAAAGAUUUUAAAGGAGUUGGAUAACUUCGAUGGAGUGUCUAGUUCUUAA